AUGUCCGACACCACUGUUAGCGGUGAUACGAAAAAUGCAGACUUAAAUCCAGAUACUGAGGAAACUGUAGCCCCAACAGCAUUUUUACGUACUGACAAGAAGCAACUUAAGUUCUUUGAGGCCGAGAAGAAGCAGCACAAAAUCACACAAAAAAUCAGUGACCUCAAUGACACUGAGGAGAGAGGCUCCCUCUACCAAAAAGUGAGACAAGAUACAGAUGAUUGUGGGACAAUUGACACAUUUUCCUCGGCCAACUCUUCUUCUGAUGCAUCUCCAUCCUCCUUCAUCUCUGCAUCCUGCAGUACAUCCAGCUCAUCUUCAUCCUCCUCAUCCAGCUCCUCAUCAACUGAUUCUUCUGAUUCAGACAACAAAUCAAAAAGACGAAGGAAGAAAAAGAAGCACCACCACCGGAGUCACAAGAAAAAGGACAAAAGAAAGAAAAAGGACAAGAAAAAAAGCCAACACGGCAAGCAAAGAGCACGUCAUCCUGAGGAGGCCAUCAAGAGAUACAAGAAAGUCCUUAAGGCGUACAAGAAAGGAAGAAAGUUGAGUGUGGCAUAUCGAAAGGUUGGUGUUGAUCGGAACACCAUCGUCGCCAGUGCCCCAAUCUGUGAGCUGGCUGUCGUAGCCCCGAAGAAAUACAAGGAGUUGAGGAUUGCUCACAUGCCACAGCAACGACUGCUGGACUUUGCAAAAAACUGUCUGGAGGGAUGGGAAGAGGGGACGCACCACCGACCCCCACACCCACCCCCGUCCGCCCACCCAGCCGACGAGCCGCAGCCCCCCAACCAGCACAGAACAUCGCGGGACCCCCAAGGACCCACCAAGCGCAGGGCAGGGCCCCCACCGGAGCCGGCGACACCCAGCAGAGACACCGGCAUCAAGCCAGCGAUCCGCGCCGGACCUCAGGGCGAAUACCCAGACAGAGAAGAUAGGGGAAGGCAGAAGUAG